AUGGCCGACGUCGACGUGGCAAGUUACUAUAACUUGCCCUCGGCAUUCCCCGAAGAAUGGCCUGCAGAGCUGGAUGAAAGCGACCAUUCCGAGGACGAGACACUGGACCGUCGCGGUUCGCGGUCUGAGAGAUCCCGAUACUUUGCCCUGGAGCGCAGCAAUAGCACCCGGAAGGGGGCCACGCUGGGGUCAUUCAAAUCGAACAAUGGCCGGGAGAACCUCGUCCAGAUGGAUGAGCCUGAUCCUCUGGGCUCCGGCGAGAGUGUGCUCAAGAUCCUCAAAACGAGGGGGUUGUCCCUAGAUGAAGAGAGCCGCUUGCGAAAUCGCUUCCUACUUUCAUCCACCUCCUUCUCGCCCGCCCUCUUUCUCUCUCAGGCACACUCCGAUGCAUCAAUCCGAACCCUUCUCGACGGCCUCGACUUCCUCUCGCGUUCAAUCGAUCAAAAGUCGGCAUCUUUGAAAGUCCUCGUCGAAGCGAACUUCGAGCGUUUCGUCCGGGCAAAGGCAACCAUCGACAGCGUAUACACGGAGAUGAGAAACCAGGGCAAGAAGGAAGACAUGUUGACCCCUCAGAUGAACCGCCGGUCGGUUGGUCAUUUCCGGAAUCUCUCCGGCAGCAAGCACAGCAUCUCGACUACUGCCAUCGCGGAUGCAGGACCUGGCAAGAACGCUUUGACAAAGGAAAGCGAAUAUGGAAUGAAGGGGAUCCGCGUUCCUCUCCUGGAGGCGUCUGCUAAGGCGGAAGAAGUAUGGGGGCCGGCAUUGGGAGGACGUGAGAGAGAACAGGUGUUGAAGUCCGUGGUGGACACCAUGGAAAAACAUCGGGAUAUCUAUGAGAUCGGUGGUCUUCUUUCCAAAUCGAUCAAGCAAAGAGACCUCGAGUCUGUUUUUGAACAAUACGGAAGAGCAAGAGCUCUCGCCAAGACUGCCAGGGACAUUGCAGACACGGCAGCCAGCAAACGCCGGCCAUUGACGGAUGACGAAGCGCAUGUCAUUUUGGCCAUGGGUAGGAUGUGGAUGGACGUUGAUUCGCAGACACAGGCCUUCAAGCGCGACCUCUGGAAGCGUCUCGGCGAUGCACCGACCACGUCAACGACCGUUACUGCCACAGGACCCGUUGAGGAGCACAUGGAACUCAUCGGUGCUCUACUGGAAAUCGGAGUUGAGGACAACCCUAUCUGGUUCUGGCUUCUCAGUCGUUUCGACUUCCUCAAGAAUAAAAUCGCCGCCUUCUGUGAGCGUUGCAAGGGCGAGAUUGAGAUCUUGAGGCGUCGGCUGGCUAGCGGGGAGAAACCGACGCCUCAGGCAGUGGCAUCCUACCUCAGGCUUGCACCACGCGACGGCUCGGCGGACUCCCAGAAAAUGCGGGACACCGACCAAGUCAUCGAGCUCUGGGAAUGUAUCAGCAACUACUUGAAUAGGCUGUUGUCAUCCCAAGGGGGUCUCCUUGGCGAGGUCUUGGACUUCUGGGAAGUAGCACAGUCCUUUAUCGACGGCAGCAGGCAAAGCCAUCUCCCCGCCGGAUUCGAGGGCGAAAGCCGUAAACACCACCGACUUUCUUCUAGUAACGUGAGGGAUCUACAGAAGGGGGCCGUCGAGUUGGUCAAUUUGAUCCGUGAGAAUGUCGUUUCAUUGUUCGCGGAUCCCCCGGGCGAUGAUAUUACCCUCCUCACAUCUCCGAUAUCCUCCCCCAGCCCCAACAGCCCUGCAAGCUACGGCGUGACCCCGACAGAGUCCCGCUUCAAACUUGAUCCGAAGAACAUGCCCUUUCCUACGCCCAAGCGUGGGGAAUACUGGGAAGACUACGCCUUUUGGCCACCCUUUUCCAAUUCGCUCAGUGGUGUGCACUAUCUUGGUCAGUGCCUCGUGAUCAUUGGCACGGCUGCGAGUGAGAUGGCUGCAUUGGAGCCUGUGCUGGGUAGCGGCAACGCUCAUGACCUUCUCAAAUCCCUCGUAAGUGUUGCACGGGAACGUUCGGUGCGUGUAGCAUGUUCAGCUUGGGGUAAGGAUGCCGAGAUCUGUAAGAUGCUGGAAGACUGGACCCGAGACUCAGAGAAGAGAGAUUUGACGAAAAUGCCCGGCUUGUUUGUCGCGUUUGAGAACGCCAUUAUCAGCGGCAUGCAGAAGAUCCUCUACAUCUCGGAAGCCAUGGCGAAGUCGGGGGCUGUGGACGUGGUGACCCAACCCCCUGCCAAAUUGCUACAGAUGGUCCGCACACAGUUCGUGUCCAGUGUCUACAAGGCGCUCAGCGGCUUGGUCGAGAAUGCAGAACAUCCCACAUCGUCAGGGACCGAAGAUGAAUGGAUUGUGGCUGGGUCCACCGUGAGCAGAAGCCAGUUCGAUACACCGUCGUCCCUUCUCAUCGCGGAUGCAGUUGAUGCUCGGAACCGGAAUGUGCGCAUCCUCUUGACUCUGUCCAACAUAAAGGCACUCCAGGCCGAUCUCGUCCCCCAGUUGGUUGCCAACUUCGAGAACUCCUUCUCGGUCAGGCUGACUGAAGAGGCUAAAACCGUGCGCGAUGUGCUCAGCCAGAUUGACGACCGUUUGUUCCAGUCGUACACCAAACCGACCAUCAACUCGCUCAGCUCUACGAUCUUCAGUGGCAUAACUGCCGCGGACUGGGAGCCGGCCACAUCCCGCCCCGACCAAGUCCGUCCAUAUGUCUACAACAUCAUGCUGACCUUGGUCCUUGUGCACACGGAGAUCACGACCACGAUUCCUUCUACACUGAAUACAAUUGUGAAUCGCUCACCCUCGACUGCACAGUCCCCACUUCUGUCGGUCAUCCUCAUCCACCUGUUGACGCAGAUCUCGAAAUCCCUCUUGAGCUCCUUUGGAGCUCGAUCCUCUUACACUCUCGCUGCCUUGAUGCAGGCCACCCUCGAUACCGAGUUCAUCGCCCAGACGAUGUCGCAAUUCUCGACGGAUGAAGCCUCCGCGAUACAAAGCCAGAUCUACGUAGAACUAGACCGUCGGACCACGCACGAAGCCCGGGCUCGCCUCCAGUCGGAGCUUGGCGAGAUGAGGGGCGUCCUGAAGCGGUUGAGGGAGCGAACGAAGGGGGAAUUUGCGUGCUUUAGAAAGCCACGCAGCGGGAAGACAUCCUCGUAGGGUACUGUUGGCAGACCAGUUUAUCUAAACUCUUGAAG